GAACCUAAACGGACAUGAUUGAGUUAUGGAUGUGGAUUAAAACUGGAAGAGGUGGCAUAUGAUAGUGACUCAUUAAAGAGAAACAGUCCAAUUUCAGUGCAGGAUCUAAACUGUAAGGGAAAAAAAUGGCCUUGGUAGCAGAUGACAGGAGAAUAAGGGAGAGAGGUGUUAUCAAGGGAAGAGACAGAGAGGAAGAGGCAAUAACCCUCAAGACUGGAUGCUGACCAUCUCUGGUAACCAAGAAAAGGCAUAUAUAAACAAAAGAGAGGUGAGUGACAUGUCUAGUGUGUCGGGGGUCAAGAAAUACCGGCUGGUUGCGGCAGCACGGCCGCCGGUCAAAGUGGUAACUGGGGAUCUGAGCUCGGCGGUGACGCGCGGCCCUCACGUGACCAGAGCCCGUGUCUGCCCAAGUCCUUCUCGUCCUGGUCCUUUUUGCCUGUCCAGACACCAUCUGCCUAUCGCCCUUUGGACGAGGGGGAAAGCAGAAGAAACUCCGCAGGUCACAGCUGGGCACCUGGAGGAGAGGCCGCCUCGGAACCAGCCGCCGGGAGAGGUCCAGACCAUCCUGAACAUGGAAAAAGCCUGCAAAGAGCCCGAGGAGCGGCCACAGAGCUCGCCCAAGGCGGAUGAAGAGCGGCCUUCUGUGGAGCAGUCUCCCGAAAAGUCGUCUCCGGAGGAGCAGUCUUCGGAGGAGGCGUCCUCGGAGGAGGAGUUCUUUCCCGAGGAACUCCUUCCUGAGCUCCUUCCCGAGAUGCUCGAGUCCGAGGAGCGCCCUCCUCAGGAGCGCCUGUCGAGGAAGGACCUUUUUGAGGCGCGCCCUCCCAUGGAGCAGCCUCCUUGCGGAGUGGGAAAACACAAGCUAGAAGAGGGAAGCUUUAAGGAAAGGCUGGCCGGCUCCCGCCCGCAAUUUAGAGGGGACAUACACGGCAGAAAUUUAAGCAACGAGGAGAUGAUAAAGGUAGCAGAGGAGAUGGAAGAGAUGAAGCGAGUACGAAACAAACUGAUGAUCAUGCAUUGGAAGGCCAGGCGGAACCGUCCUUAUCCUAUUUAAUGUGUUCGGCCUUGAAUUUUGUUUUGUCUGAUGUAUUAUCACCUGAACUUUGCUUUUUCUUACAUACCUUACAACGUCUUCCUAAUCUGAACUUUUUGUGUGGCUUUGAGGUAUUUCUCUUGUAACUGGCAUAAAAUUGCAUCUCACCCCCAUCUGCAAGACAUCCUCUUUCAACCAUGUCUUCUCCAUUUGCAUGGAAAGAUGCACAGUAUAUAUUGUGGAGUGGAAAAAAGCAAUUUUCAAAAAGUAUAUGUAGUAUCCCAUUUUUGUAAAAAGUAUAUAUUUAUAUAUUAAUAUGCAAAGAAAAAACUCGAAGUAUAUACUGCAGAGGUUUAACAGUGACUAUCUGUGUGGUAGGAUAACAGGUGAUUUGUUUUUUCAUUUUUGCUUCAUCUGAAUUUCUCAUUUUCUCAAGAUGAACACAUUUUACGUGUUACAAAAAAAAGACAGUACAAUGGGAAAAAUUGUAAAGCAAUGAAAAAAUUUGUCAGUCAGCUUAUAAAGAUAAUGUGGCACUUAAUAAAUACUUUACAGAACUUUAAAAAAGAAAA